GUGCUUGCCUGACUUUUUGUAAUGGUAAACAAUCUAUGAACUGCCUCUUCCUCAGUAGAAAGACCAGUCUCACCUGUUUCCCUGAAACUACUUCUAACUUAAAGUUUCACCUACAUUAGUCUGGCAAGGGAGAAGCAGAUACUCUCAUGGAUGGGAACAAUAAUUGAGGCUGUACUUCUAAAUCUUGCUGAAAGCAAGCAGUAUGUAACUGCUGGUACUCUUAAUCGAGAAGACUGAUCUAGCAUCCCUAUGUAAAGUAAUGGCUCGGGUACCGCCAUCCCAGAGAUCCUCUCGCAAAAAUUGGGAACAGCCUAAUUCCCAUAGAGCAUCACAAACGAACCAACCGAAGUCAGCACACGACAGAAGGUCCCAAGCUUCAAACGGCAGGCUCUCCCAACACCAUAAGAAUGUGCGGCCUCCUACUGCUCAUUCAAAUUCAAGAUCUCCUGUGGAAUCUUCAAGCCGCUCCAGGCGUCCUUCUCAUCAUUUAGAAGAUAAGUCUGGAAAAUGUUCACAGAUAUGUACAAUAAGAGGAAUCCUGCAGAUUGUGGAAAUCAUGACAGGUAUACUGGUUCUGAUUUGUGUGAUUGCAUCUUAUGCAGUGAUAACCGGCUAUACAUCGGCAGCUGGCUUUGGCUCAUUUAGCAUAGACUCUGCAUACAGCCCCUUUGAAGGCAACGAGCUGAAGCAGGUGCGGGAUUUGGACAUGCAGUACAGUCAGUUGAGAGUACCUGGAAUUUAUGGUGGAGUCCCUUUCAUUCUGCUGCUCUGUGGACUUACAAUCUUUUUUCUUAUGGUGGGUUCAAAACCAAUGCAUUGGGUAAACAUCCGCAUACUUUUUGCAGAGUUUAUUUUUGAUAUAGUGGCUUGCAUCGGUUACAUUGUUGCAGUUGGCCUUUAUCUACAUUUUAUUAAGCAGGUCAACUCUACUGAUGUCUGUAAGACAAGAGAACGUCUUUAUGCAGGCCGUGGUUACACCUGGAUGAACUGUGAGGUGCAGGGUGGAGAUGCGGCUGUGGCACUAUUUGGUUUUAUAGCUGCUUGUUUGUACCUUCCAAGUGCCAUUAUGUGUGCUCUUUACAUCAAAACAGUUCGUGAAUUUCAAAAGAACCACCUAACUCAUGAAUACCCACGUAACUCCUUUAAAGAGAGAGACCACAAUGGCAGUCGUAACCCAGAAGAGGAGCUGUUUCACCCAAGUACAUUUGUGUAAAAAUAUGCUACAUACCUACAGUGUAGUCUUUCUUCUAAACUUCAUUUAUAAUGUUUGUUUAAUAAUCUAGGACUGAAUACACAUAUAUGGAUAUGUCAGCAUUUUAAAUGGCAUUUCUUACCAUUUGCAUUUGUGCUUUUUGGCUGUGUUCCACUGGGGUGAAAACGUAUAUAUUCAAUAAUGUAAUAAACCUGUCUUUGGAAAGUGGAAUUUCAGAGCAGGGACUGGUGUUGUUGCACAUCACCAUACCCUGAAAUGCAGCUCUGUAUGGUCAAAGUUCAUGUGUUCAGUCUGUUGAAUAUAUGGUUUUACGAAGGACAUUAUUAUAAAGCUAGCACAGCAAUAAUAAACACUUUAUUUGUUUUCUGUAUAAAA